AUUUCAUCCCACGACACAAUGGACACGGUGUUUUAUCCUCAAUGCGAAGCUUCUACAAAGCAUACGCAGCUGAAUAACAUUGUGUGUCGAGUUCCGAGAUAUUUCAAGUUAAAGCAAAGUUAUGCGAUUGAGGUUAUGUUGACAAGCUAAGGUCCGAGUUUACCAUUUGCAAAUCAAAUGUUUUCUAUAAAUAAGUAAAUGAAGCGUUAAGUUGUGAUGUGUUUACUCUGUUGUGGUGCUCGCGUCACAUAGUUUUACGGUUUUGUAACAGUUUCUGUGUGCAAGUGCGAUUUUCCUCGUUGUUAUUGUUGUGGAGAGUGUUUGUUACGAACUUAUCUCGAAGUGUUACUCAACAAUCAAUUUAAUUCGCAUAUUGCUGUUUCCCGGCAAUAAGUUUGUGAAUAUAGGCGCAAUACCUCGUCAAAAUUUAUCCAAUAAAAAAGAAGCAGCCAGUGCCAAUGGCGAAUAGGGUGACCGGCACUUGUUGCACUGCGUCGGUUGAGCGGGCCGGCCUGCCGGGGCUGCUGCGCGACUUGCAGCGACUCUCCGAAGACCAAGACUCAGCUGACAUCGUUUUUAUCCUUGGAACCAACGAAGAAAAAGUCUACGCUCACAAAAUAAUUUUGAUAGCAAGAUGCAAAAGUUUUCAAAACACAAAACGAGGCGAGAUUUGCCGCAUACCUGGAUGUUCGGUAACGCCAUCUAUUGGCGCACAGCCGACACCAAUACGAAUGCCGCACGUGCAAGUUGAGACAUUUCGACUUUUUAUACAAUACGUUUACACCGGGAAGUUAUUACUGCAAGACUCUGGAGUUUUUGAAAUGAUGACAUUGGCAGCCGAUCUUGGAGUAGAGGAUCUGAGAUCAGCAUGUGAAGAUCAUGUCACUUCCACACUGAGUGUGGAAAGUGCUUGCACAUUGUUAGCCGCGGCCAUGGAAAUACAGGAUCGACCCGGUGGGAAGAGUGCAUCCUCGUUCAUGGAGCGCUGCAUCGCGUUCAUCGGGGACAACGCAGCCGACUGCGUCAAGACUAACGCCUUCCUCAACCUGCCCAAGGAAGCACUCAUCAAGCUCAUCUCUUCUGACUUUCUAUGCUUGGAAGAGGAAGAAGUAUGGCGCUGUGCCCUGGCGUGGGCGAAGCAGCGCGCCGGUGUGACGCAGCCCACCGCGCACUGGACGGAAGAGGAGCGCGCUAGAGUCUGUCACCAUCUGUCGCCGCUUAUGCAGCAUGUGCGGCUACUGCUCAUCGACAGCGCAGUGUUCGCGGAGGAGGUGGAGCCGACGGGCGCGGUGCCGAUGGAGCUGUCGCUGGAGCGCUACCGCCGCGCCGCACUGCACGCCGCGCCGCCGCCCGCGCCCCGCCCCGACACCGACAAGCGGACGCAGCCGCGAUUGGCAGUGAACAUGUUCACAGGAUCCUUAAUAUUACAGCAAGACAAGAGCGCUUUCCAAGCUGUCAUCAACAACUGGUGCGGAACUCCGAAGCAGUCGUGGCGGUUGAUAUUCCGCGCGUCAACGCACGGGUUCUCCGCACAGGCGUUCCACUCUCACUGCGAUGGUGUCGCACCUGUCUUACUACUUGUACAGCUAUCUCGCGGCGAGGUGAUCGGCGGGUACAGCGAGGCGGCGUGGGCGGCGGGCGGCGCGGGCGGCUACACGCCGGCCGAGCGCGCCUUCCUCUUCGCGCUGUCCGACCCGCCCGCCCGGUACACGCUGCUCAAGAAGGCCUUCGCGCUGUGCUACCAUCCCGACUGCGGCCCAAUAUUCGGCGCGGGCGCAGACCUGCUGAUCUCAAGCAACUGCAACAGCAACAGCGAGAGCUACAGCAACCUGCACUCGUACGGCGACCAGCUCGCGCCAGCCUCGCUCGCUACCGAGUACAACUUCACUGUCCGGGACUAUGAAGUCUUCACUUAUAAGCAUAAUUAAAUAUUACAAUUGCUGAGAAAAAUACACAAUAUUUUGUGAGGGCUCCAAGUAUAUUUUUACCUUGCAAACCACCUUUUUUGCAAAAAAUAAAUCUUCAUUGAGAAAAGUAUAAUCAAAUGUAACCGAGUGUUGUGUUUUUACAAGGUUGUAAUAGAUUAUUUAAGAAUGCUAUGUUAACAUUCCAUUCUGACCAGAAUAAGAUUUUAUUUUAUAUUCCUAUUAUGUGUCAAUAAAGUGAUAAGUUUA